CUACUUAUUGUCAUCAUUAUUACUUGUUCGGCUUCUUCCAAAAUUAAAGGUAAAUUAUUUCACUGAGUUCUUCUUCCAUGGAGAAGAGUUUCAAGCGAUCUGCUCUACUUGUGACUUUGUCCAUCUUCUUCUUCAUUCCGGUUGCAAUCUCGGUUCCAUUCAUUCUCUUUCACGGGGUUCAAGAACAAUGCUCCUAUGCAACAGUGAGCAGCUUCACACAGCUCCUUAGCAAUCUCUCAGGCUCCCCUGGAUCUUGCUUAGAAAUAGGAAAUGGAGAAGAAGAUUCAGUGUCCAUGCCGCUUACGCAACAAGCGAGUGUAGCUUGUGAGAAAGUAAAACAGAUGAAAGAGCUGAGUCAAGGUUACAACAUCGUCGGACAGUCUCAAGGAAACUUAGUAGCAAGAGGCUUAAUCGAGUUCUGCGACAAUGCUCCUCCUGUCUUCAACUAUAUAUCUUUAGGAGGUCCUCACGCUGGCAUCUCCGACAUCCCUGAGUACUGUUCUUCUCUAGCUUGCCAGCUGCUGAUAACAGAGACCUACAGCGACUACGUUCAAGAUCAUAUUGCUCCAAGUGGUUAUAUAAAAAUCCCUACCGAAAUGUCAGAGUACCUGGAACACUCCAAGUACCUGCCAAUGCUCAACAACGAGAGAGCUAACGAGAGGAACUCCACGUUUAAAGACCGAUUCACCAGUUUGCAGAACUUGGUCCUCGUCAUGUUCCAGGGUGAUAAAGUAGUGAUUCCUAAAGAAAGUUGUUGGUUCGGAUAUUACCCAGAUGGAGCUUCCACACCUCUUUUGUCUCCUCAACAGACAAAGCUCUAUACAGAGGACUGGAUUGGUCUGAAAACCUUGGAUGAUGCUGGAAAAGUGAAGUUUGUCAGUGUCCCUGGAGAGCACAACCAAAUGGCGCAAGAUGACGCUGUGAGAUACGUUGUGCCUUACCUCCAGAACCAGCCUACGUUUUCUUCUUGAUGCAAGACUCAACCACAAGGCAAUAUAGACAUCCGUAAUAUCUUGAUGCAGAUCAACCUCAACUAAUGAAUUAAAAGGCCACAUUGUUAUGCUCUUUCCGGAAAACGGUCAACAACAAUCCAAUUAACGAAAAACAAAA